AAAGGAGGGAGAAGGGCCAGCGCGAAUCGGCAGCAAAUGGUGGCGGUUGCCUUCAUACGCGACGGUGCAACCAAAGAAGAGAGAGAAAGAAAGAGCGCACGUGAUUCUCUGUCUCUGCACUACCACUGUUCACCUUGUGAUUCUCUCUCUCUCUCUUAUAAAUCUCCCCCUUGGGCUUUGUCGCCAUUGCAGUUCUUCACGCCCACAAUCCUCCAAUUGCCAACCCAUCCUUCCGUUCGUCUUCUUCCUAACUAGUAAGAUCCCAUUAAUUCCACCCCUGCUCCUCCUUCCUGUCUUGGUACACACUACUACCCAGAUGAAAAGCAGGCAAAUCAUCUCUUGCUUUCUUUUGUUGCUGUUGGGCACAACUCAUUCCCAUGCAUCUUAUGAGGGACCGUGGUAUGAUUCCUCUGCGUACAGUGAGUGCAAGAAGUACCCGGAGCCACCUCUGUACAAUGGGGGGAUUCUGAAGGGCACUGAUCCUAAGGAACAAGGAAAUCAAACGGGCACCAUUUACUCGCCGGCUUAUGUGCUACAGAACUUGACGAAGAAUACCAAGUACGCAUUCUCAGCUUGGGUACAAAUUGGUGGAGCAGAUUCUGCUACAGUGAAGGCCAGAUUAGCCAUUGACAACGCCUCCAUACAAUGUGUGGGGAACGUUGUUGCCCAGAGAGGGUGUUGGUCCUUCCUCAAGGGCGGUUUUGUUCCCGACUCGUCCACUCCCUACGCCGUUUUAUUCUUUCAGAAUUCAGGUGAUGCAAAUGUUGAUAUCCAAGUCUCCGCUGCUUCUCUGCAGCCAUUCACGGACGAGGAAUGGAGCGCACAUCAGCAGAACUGGAUCUCACUGAGGAGGAAAAGAAGAGUGACGGUGCACGUGACAGACUUGAAUGGCAACCGUUUACAAGGUGCAUAUGUUACUCUCAGGCAGAGAUCCAGGGAGUUCCCGUUUGGUUCAGCCAUUUCUAAGACAAUUAUUGGGAACUUUCCUUACCAGAAGUGGUUCGUCGAGCGGUUCAAUGUGGCCGUUUUCGAGAACGAGCUCAAGUGGUAUGCGACCGAGCCCGACCCCGGCAAGCUUAACUACACCCUGGCUGACCAGAUGCUGAGCUUUGUCCGCGAGAACCAAAUCUCAGUCAGGGGCCACAAUAUUUUCUGGGAGGACCCGGUCUACACACCUGGGUGGGUCCGCAACCUCACCGGGUUGGAUCUGGUCAGUGCGGUCAGUUCGCGGAUCGAGAGCCUAAUGACCAAGUAUAAAGGGGAGUUCAUGCACUGGGAUGUGAGCAAUGAGAUGCUUCACUUUGACUUCUACGAGAGCCGACUCGGUGCCAACGCGUCGAACCAGUUCUUCGAGACGGCACGGCGAGCCGACCCGUGGGCAACUCUCUUCAUGAAUGAGUUCAAUGUGGUGGAGACAUGUGAUGAUGUUAACUCAACUGUUGAUGCCUACAUCUCCAUGCUAAGAAGAGUGAAGGGAAACAGUGGAAUGUUGGAAGGAAUUGGCUUGGAGUCACACUUCACUAAGCCAAACAUUCCAUUUGUGAGGGCUACAUUGGAUAAACUUGCCACCUUGGGCAUGCCCAUAUGGCUCACUGAGCUUGACAUCAGCAAAACCCUAGACCAAAGAACCCAGGCACUUUAUUUAGAAGAGGUGUUGAGGGAAGGGUUCUCCCACCCGUCGGUGAACGGGAUAAUGCUGUGGACGGCUCUUCACCCGAAGGGAUGCUACCAGAUGUGCCUCACGGACAACAACCUCCAAAACCUGCCACCGGGGGACGUGGUCGACAGGCUUCUUCAAGAAUGGUACACCGGCCAAGUCGCCGGUCAGACCGACGGCCAUGGCUGCUUCGACUUUGAAGGCUUCUUGGGCGACUACGAUCUCAGUGCUGCUUAUGGCUCCAAGAUCGUCAACUCCACCUUGUCACUUUUCCAAGGGGACGAGACCCUUCAUUUCAACGUCCAGAUAUAAAGGAUACCAUUCGUUAGAUUUUCGUACAUAUAUAAUUGCAGAUAUAUAUCAGAGGAUGUUGUGAAUCAGAGAGAUUUUCACGCCAUUUGGUGGUUUUUUUUUCUUCGAGUAACCAGAAGAAGGGAGAGGAGUCACUUGAGUGCGGUUAACAAUGGGGUGUUUCAUCAACUGGGUUGAGAUUUUAACCGGACGUGAAAUUUUCCACGGAAAGAAGGAGACAGUGGAAAGAUCUUACUCGUUCGAUUUGGAGUACUGAGAUAAGCCAAAUUAAGCUGAAAUCGCGUGCCCUGCCUCUACUGUUAAAUUCUUGUUCGUUUUUGGAUGUACUUGAUUUCUUUGGUUUUCUUUUCUCUCGUUUUGUUUGUUUUAAAAGAGUAGAUCUCGUCUGAACGAUGCUGUGUUUGUUAAAGAGAUCAAAAAGAUUAUUAAUGGAUGAAGAAUCGAGCCCCUGUUCCCAACAA